GAAUCACAUCCUGAAACCCCUAAAACGCAACGGAUAUAUACUUUGGGGUUUAAGCUGUGAGAGGUUUUUUUCCGGGAUGGAGUUUCCUUCCAACUAAACCAGCGCGAUUGUCUAUCCGAAACCUCAAAUAUGGAAAGAAUAAAGAAAUUAGGGGACGAGCUUCUCACAUCUAGAGCUCAUGUAAACAAUGCCCCUUUUCUCAUUUCCCUGCUUUCCUCGUGCCUUGGAAACAGAGCAAUUUCUGAUCAGGGUUUGGAAGCCCUGAUAACUCUUCAGUCCUUCUUUCUACCAUUGCUGAGAACUGAACUCGCGACCUCUGCUGUGAAGGAAGCCUCAGAGAGGCUGAAGAAAAAGCGGAAGAGAAGCCAAGAAGGAGAAAUAGAUGAUGGAGAAAAGGCCGAAGAUAUAUACAGGAAGUGGCUAUGGAGUAAAUAUAGGGAGCUUUUACGGCUUCUCAGAAAAAUUGUGGCUUCUUCAGUACCAAAUCCUGCUUUGCGGGUUGCUGCAAUGGAUGCUCUUAUGGAAUUUGCGCGACAGCAGAAACAAGGUAGAUUCCAGACCAGGAUUUACUUGAGGUUAAUUUCUUCUUUGGUGCAUUCAAAAGCAUUUGAUGAUGUGAUCCUAACCAUACUUCUUCCUAAGUAUUUCAAAUACAAAGAUAUUUGCUAUGUCUCAUAUUCUGGUUUGGCAGAGCUUGUUAGCAGUUCCAUUAGUCGAAAGUAUGAAGAUGAGGAUAUCUCGGCUGACAAUGAGGAGAUACAUAUUUCAAAGAGCAGUUCUCCCAUGGUAAUACAGAAUGUGUAUAAAUUCUUGUCAUGUAUUCCUCCUCCAUCUGAAGACGAUAUUGAAGAAUCAGAGGAAGAGAUGUGGAGUAGUGUUAAUGGUUUGCCAAGUAACAAUGAUAACUGUGGGGGCUUUGGAAAGCAGAAGACACAACAAACAAACACAUACCAAACACAGAAUACUUCUAAGAAAGCAUCUUCUAGUAGAAUAUCUGCCAAAAGGAUGAGGUCAAAAAUGAGUAAAGCAUGGAUGUCAUUUCUUAAGCUUCCACUCCCUGUUGAGGUGUACAAGAAGGUUCUGGCUAACUUGCAUAAAACUGUGGUUCCAUACUUGUCAACUCCAAUUCUGCUCAGUGACUUUCUUACACGGUCAUAUGAUAUUGGGGGCGUAACCAGUGUGAUGGCACUAAAUAGUCUUUUCAUACUAAUUACACAGCAUGGCUUAGAGUAUCCUGACUUUUACAACAAGCUUUAUGCACUCUUAGAACCAUCAAUAUUUAUGGCAAAAUAUCGAUCCCAUUUUUUUGAGCUUUUGGAUAGAUGUUUAAAAUCACCACUGCUACCGGCAUAUUUAGCCGCAGCAUUUGCAAAGAAGCUGAGUAGAUUAGCGCUUUACACACCUCCAUCAGGUUCACUUCUUGUGAUUGCAUUGAUUCAUAAUCUUCUUCGGAGGCAUCCUUCAAUUAAUCGUUUGGUGCAUUGGCAGGACCACAGAGAAAUGGGUGAAGUGGAAGGAAUUGACACAAAGCGACCAGAAGAAAAGAUUGACAACUUUUGUGAAUCUACAGAUAAACCUGGCAGAGAUAUGUUUGUGAUUGAGGAGAAGGAUACAGCAAAGUCUAAAGCCUUGUUGAGCUCAUUGUGGGAGAUAGAAACACUGCGUCGCCACUAUUGCCCAGCUGUCUCCAGAUUUGUUACAUCGCUUGAAAAUGAUUUGACAGUUAGAGCCAAGACUACUGAAGUUGUUGUCAAAGACUUCAGCUCUGGUUCUUAUGGUACCAUAUUUUCAGAAGAGGUUGGUAGAAGAAUAAAACAAGUUCCGCUUGCAUUUUACAAGACUAUGCCUUCUACUCUGUUUCCUGAGAAAACAACAAAGGACAGUUCUCCAAAUUUAGAUUUUGCAGGCUGGAGCUUUACCCCAUGUGACAGAAACAAGUCAACUUCAUAAUCAAGGUUGAUGACAAUGUUUCAAGUAUGUUGUAACCCUAAUACUCAAUUUCAUGGUCCUUGCAAGUUCUACUUGUAUUAAAUCUUUACUAUGGAAAUGAUGCACACAUCCUCCAACGGAGCUUUAUGGUAGAAAUUUUCAAAUGUCCUUUAAUGACAAAAGCAUAUCAACUCCAAUGACAAUGAUAAUUGACAACAAAAUUUCUUGUACGUGUUGAAGGAAGAGAAUCAGCUAGGCAGUUUAUCUAUCGAAGGAAGUCGUACUUCCAAAUUUCAUGUAUCUGUUAUAAGCUACAAGGAGUUAGAUUGACAAAAGGAAGCCAUAUCCAUGUGGCUGUUACCCACUCGAUCCUCAUAAAUGAGUUUUCUUUGGUAUGAAGUAAGCUAUUUAAAAUUUAAAAUUUCAUAGGUUUUGUGCUAGAGAUCUAAUGUAACACUCCAUGAAUUAACAUGGAAAGAAAACUCAUGCAAAGGAGUAAUUUUUUAGAAUCAAAUGAACAUUUUUUCCUUAAGAUAAAGCUUAAACUAUAUAUAUAUUUUUGGAGUCUAAUAGAAUUCCUAUUAUCUCGGUACAAAUA